AUGGCGCAAUUGGCCGAUAAGGAACACUCGCCAGAAGAAUACAGCACCGACGAGUCGUCGGAUACCGAGCGUGGGUCUGGGCAAGAGGAGCGAUACAUGAUGAGUGGCGGCCGUGGCAAUCGCGAGGACUCCGACGGCGGUGCCGAGCUCGUCGACCGCAGCACCAAGCGCAAGCACCGCAAGGGCGCUGGCCGCAAGGGCUCCGCCGGCACUCAGAAGACCACUCCGCGCACCUUCGUCGAGGUCAUCGCCGACGAGGACGUGCCAGAGCAUGAGUCUCGCGUCUCUCCGCUUGCCAAUCGCCGCGACCGCAGCAAAGCACCAGAGCCAGAGGCCCAGGCCACGCCUGUCUGA